AUGCCGCGACCAAGACGAUCGAAUCUUUCCCGACAAAGCAGUAAUGCAAGAAGACUGCAAAAUACUGUAAAUGCAAGAACUGAAGAACAAGAAACAAUUGCACGUGAACAGCAACGCGAAAGAAUGGCUCGACUUCGUGCUCGAGGUAACAACAUAGAUCAACAAAUAGUUAACUUGCGAUGCAGAAGAAGAAAUUUGAAUCGAGAAGCAUUUCAAUACGAUUGCAGCUAUGAUUAUAGCUUGCAUCCUAGCGUCUGCAUUGGCAAAAUGGACGUAGUUUGCAAGUAUUGUGGUGCAUUGAAGUUUUCCCAAGAAACGCCUGGAUUAUGCUGCCUUAAUGGUAAAGUCAAAUUGCCAUCGUUGACUCCGCCACCUGAACCAUUGUAUUCAUUGCUUUGUGGCGAAACACAAGAAUCACGCCACUUUCUUGCUAAUACUCAAAAAUACAAUGGUUGUUUCCAAAUGACGUCAUUUGGAGCAGAUAUUAUCGAAGAACGAGGAUUUAAUCCGACAUUUAAGAUACAAGGACAAAUUCAUCAUCGAAUUGGAUCAUUACUACCUUUUGAAGAUACACAGAAUAAUUUUUACAAAUAUAUUUCAUGGGCAACAUGGAAGAACAACUUGAUCGACGACUAG